GGUAAGCUCAAUGCCACACUCUUUCUUCAAGCGGGCAAGAGAAAAAAGGAAAAAAAUAUGCCAGCCGGUCAUGGUGUACGCUCUCGAACUAGGGAUUCAUUCUCCAGACCCUUCAGAAAGAAGGGUUACAUUCCCUUGUCCACUUACCUCAGGACCUACAAGAUCGGCGACUAUGUCGACGUCAAGGUAAACGGCGCCGUUCAUAAGGGUAUGCCCCAUAAGUUCUACCACGGCCGCACUGGUCGGGUUUGGAAUGUUACGAAACGCGCCAUUGGUGUUGAAGUAAACAAGCAGGUGGGAAACAGGAUUAUCAGGAAGAGAAUUCAUGUGCGUGUCGAGCAUGUUCAGCCUUCAAGGUGCACCGAGGAAUUCAAGCUCAGGAAGGUGAAGAAUGACCAACUCAAGGCGGAGGCUAAGAAAAAGGGUGAGGUCAUUAGCACCAAGAGACAGCCAGAGGGCCCUAAGUCGGGUUUCAUGGUUGAGGGUGCUACCCUUGAAACCGUCACGCCCAUCCCCUAUGAUGUUGUUAAUGAUCUCAAGGGUGGUUACUAAAUCAGCUGUUUUCUUUAUGGUCUUGCUGUUUCAGAUUUCUUUUUGGUAAAACAAAAGUGAACUGAAUUAAACAUUUGGAAGUGCUGUUUUAAUUAGUAUAUUUUGAGGAGGUACUGCUUCUCCAGAUAUUUUAAUUUAUCCAUCAUUUUAGAGAUUAUGGUU